ACGGUUUACUUCCUGCUUUGCAGCGUGAAAUCAAUAAGCUGCGGCGGUGAGUUGACAAGCAGGAAGAGAGAAGAAACGGAACCCGUAAGCGCAGCAAAGAAGGUACUUUUUGAUAAAACUGCCUCUCGUUUUCCGUAGCGACUCAAACAGCUGCGGCCUGUGCGAGUAAAGUGGAGAAGAAAUCUGUUCAUCUGGCCUGAGCCGGCACACCCUCAGCUGCUCACAAGACUGCGGCAUGUGAUAUCGAUUAGAGGGACUGGCCCGGGACAGACCCGCUUCAGCUACUGCAGGAGGUUAGAGAGACUGACCCGGGACAGACCCGUUUCAGCUACUGCAGGAGGUUAGAGAGACGGGACAGACCCGUUUCAGCUACUGCAGGAGGUUAGAGAGACUGACCCGGGACAGACCCGUUUCAGCUACUGCAGGAGGUUAGAGAGACUGACCCGGGACAGACCCGUUUCAGCUACUACAGGAGGUUAGAGAGACUGACCCGGGACAGACCCGUUUCAGCUACUGCAGGAGGUUAGAGAGACGGGACAGACCCGUUUCAGCUACUGCAGGAGGUUAGAGAGACGGGACAGACCCGUUUCAGCUACUGCAGGAGGUUAGAGAGACGGGACAGACCCGUUUCAGCUACUGCAGGAGGUUAGAGAGACUGACCCGGGACAGACCCGUUUCAGCUACUGCAGGAGGUUAGAGAGACUGACCCGGGACAGACCCGUUUCAGCUACUGCAGGAGGUUAGAGAGACGGGACAGACCCGUUUCAGCUACUGCAGGAGGUUAGAGAGACUGACCCGGGACAGACCCGUUUCAGCUACUGCAGGAGGUUAGAGAGACUGACCCGGGACAGACCCGUUUCAGCUACUGCAGGAGGUUAGAGAGACUGACCCGGGACAGACCCGUUUCAGCUACUGCAGGAGGUUAGAGAGACUGACCCGGGACAGACCCGUUUCAGCUACUGCAGGAGGUUAGAGAGACUGACCCGGGACAGACCCGUUUCAGCUACUGCAGGAGGUUAGAGAGACUGACCCGGGACAGACCCGUUUCAGCUACUGCAGGAGGAGAUGCAGGGAAAGCGGAAUUCGUCAUUAAACGUUUUUCAUUUCCACUGAGGGCCCUGAUGUCGAGGUCGAGACGGUGUUGUGGAGGUGCCUUCGGUGCUCUCAGAGGGGGUCGAGCUAAAUCCUGCUGAUGGCAGCUGCUGAAUGAAGCCUGCAGCAAAUAAAGCAGUGCAGUUUAAAGGUUUCUCACCCGACAGAAGAAGAAAAAGAACAAGCAAAUAAUUAGUUAAAGUUCCACCCUGGACUGAAUCUGCUCUCGUAGAAGUGGACCAAACAUGGUGCACGUCUACAACUGCCAUCCCUUCUCCUCACAGCAGAUAGUACAGGUGGAGCAGCAGCCUGGACUGGUCUGCUGUGGAGGUGGAGCGCUGUUUGUGGUGGCGACUGGAGGAUGCAAGGUGGAGGCCUACAGUGUGGAGCAGAAGGGCUGCCCUCUCAUCUGUCGAUUCGCCACCAUGGGCACUGUGAAGAGCAUCCAGCACAGCAUGAUGGGAGAUUACCUGGUGACCAUUGAGGAGAAGAACAGCGCCACCUAUCUGAGAGCCUACACCAACUGGCGCUUCCAGGCAGAGGAGAAGGCCCGUGUCGGGGUGCGUUUGUUGGGUCACCUGCUGCGUGGGGCGUCUGUGCGGGGCAGCGUGCAGAUGGAGAUCAUUGAGAUCCCUCUGUCAGAACGUCCUGUCGCUGUGGCAUGUUGCUCCGUUACGGGAGACCUUCUGGUCGGCUGUGAGAACACUCUGGUUCUGUUCACUUUGAGGAAACAGAACCAGCAGAGCCUGAGUCAGAGUCAGCAGAUCAUUCAGAGCACCUGGCCGAACACACAGCAGAGCUCCAGCCACAGUCAAGCUCAGACCUCAACUUCAAACCAGAACGUUUCUGUCCUGGAUUUUGAACGUUCAGUGAUCCUGCAUCUUCCACAAAUCAAACCUAAACAGGUGGCGCUAUGUGCAGGAUAUGUGGCGGUGCAGGCGGAGCUGGAGGUGCUCGUGUUGAAACUGGAUGCAUCACUUGAACCGAUAACCCUGGAAGAAUCAUCAGACACGAAGAAAGAUCAUCUAGAAGACCAGAUGGACUUUCUGGUCCUCCCGAGACACCAGGAGCUGCUCGGUGAUCGAGCUAAAGACUGUGACAUCUCCGUCAGCAUUGAACAGACUGGGCUGGAGGACAGAGGACAAUACACACUCUCAUAUGUUCUCUUCAGGCGUUUCACUCCGGACUUCUUCCAGGCCUGCAGUGUGGAGGAGACUCAGCUGCACUCCCUGCAGCUCUACCCAAUGUUCACCAGUAACCAGUCAGUGUCUCAGGAGGAACCAGAAUGUGUGUUCUGCUUCUUCUCUCUCCCCUCCGUGGGCUACCUGUACAGUCUGAAGGGUGGUGUUGAGCUUCUCUCAACCUAUCAGUAUCCAGAGAAGGUCCUGGAGGCGGUGCUAACAGACCACCUGUUGCAUGUCAUAACCAAGAACGCACUGCAGUGUUUCACAGUGCACUGUGUGGCUGUAGCAGCCAGGAUCGAAGACCCCUACAUCGAUACCACCAUGAAGGCCUGUCCACCUGGCAGCCUGGAGGUGUGUGCGCUCAGGAUGCAGCUGUUUAUCGGUCUGCGGUCAGUGUGUGUCUACGGCCGCCAUGUCAUCCUGCUGUCCACCGCCAACAUGGAGACACCAGAGGAGAGCGAACGCAGCACACAGCGCAGAGGCCUGAGCAGGAAGUGGACGAUGUCUUCUCCCAAAGAAACCAGCACAGCGGGACACGGAUGGAACCUCUACGUGGUCGACACUGUCUCCCCCCUCACCCUUUACCAAGAGAUGGUUGAAUACAGUCAGCGGUAUGUGGAGACCAGCCCGCAGGCUCAAAGCCUCCGGCACCUCCUCAGUGAAGCUCACCUCCUCCUCCGCGCCUCCUUACUCCAAACAUCAGUGCAGCAGCAGAACAGUGAGGGGGACGCCGCGGCGUCUCUGCAGGCGGAUAGGAACAAACAGGCAGAACGUCAAGAACUGGAGGAAGCCCUCAGGCAGAACUGUGCCCUGCUGGCAGACUGUUUCAGCAGGGCCAGUCAGAGCGACUGCCACCUGGCUUUGCCCUACUACAGGAUGUCUGGUCUGUCAGUCGCAGAGGUCAUCGCCCGUAACCGCCCGCUUCCCAGCAGCCCUGGCUCCUAUGGCCCCGGCUUCCUGUUUUACCUGACACAUUACCUCUUAGAAGAAACAGAGCAGAGCCUCAGUCAGGAAGUAGCUGAUGAGGUCAUAGACAUUUUCAGCCAAUCAGAGCCCUCACAGCUGGUCAGCGUGUGUGCCAGCCCGACCAUGUUAAACAUCAGUCCUGCCCGUACGCUGCAGAUCUUACAACACCUGGAGGACACCUACGAAGUGUCGGUUACACUGACAAUCACCAUGGCAACCAUGAUGCUGCUUUUGGAUGACCUACCACAGUUCACACAGCUGAUGGAAAGACACAGUGAGAUGCUGCUGGUGUACGGGUUCAUAGAGGAGUCAAGGCUGUUGGUGCACGUCAGAGGUGGAUGCCAGCACAAACACAUCUGUCCCACAGCGUUGUCUCGCCAGUUGGCAAAGUCUCACCCAGCGCUGCUUGUGGCUGCCAUGGUGGCUUUGCAUGAGAACAACAAAGUUCAGCUGGAACAGGCUGAUCAGAUAUUCAAGGAGCUGGGCUGUGAGAAUUGCUUACAGGUGGAUUUCUGGGAGGCGAUACUCAUGGCCUCCUCACAGGAAGCCAUCAUCCAGGAACUUCUGUUCCGGCUGGUGUCUGUCUAUAUCGACCGACUGAUAAACACAAACCCCAACCCUCCACACGCAAGACGCAGGCCGCUGAAGAGCGCUGAUGAUCUGAUCAACUCGUGCUCCCACUACGGUCCUCUGUACCCGUGGCUCGCGGUUCUUAAUCCAGCUCAUACGACCAGUCCCCAACACCAGGAGGCGCUAUACAAACUGCAGUCUGUCCUGUGUGGUCCAUCCCUGUCUGUGGGCUCCAUUGUGCCUCUCUUGGAGCUUCUCUCAGAGGAAACCUUAUGGGGCUUCAGCCUGCACCUCCUCUGUGCCACCAGAAGGGGGCAGUACGACAGCAGCAUUGAAAAGCUGCUGGACCGAUGUCCUCAGGCCAUCAUAGCAUACGCCAAUCACCAGUUACAAGACAAAAACAUGGCGUUGUGGUGGCAGAAGCUGCUCCCCGAGCUUUGUAACAGGACGAGAGCUGCCGCAGACAACAGCAUCCUGUUGGCUGCUCUCAAAGAGACGCUGGUUGUGGUGGCCAUGGAGACGAGCCCCGCAGAGUUCUUGGAGCUGAUACCUGACGACGGCACCGCUGCAUACUUCCUGCCUUACCUGCUGACGUGUAGCCAGAGGCACCUGUUGGCCUGAUACACACACACACACACACACACACACACAGUGACUUGCUCAAAAGACCCCAGCAGUGGUGUUUAUGGAUGAUUUGACUUGGUAACACUCACGACAUCUUCCUGGCUCUCUAAUCUCUCUGCUGUGACAAGCGGUUUGUUUGUCCACAGACAAACAUGUACAGCUUUUGCACAUUUAUGAUGGCACAAGUAACUUGACCAGCUUCUGAGUAUGAAGCAGUUAAACUGAACAUGACACUGAACACGUAUCCUCUGACUUUUAGAUAGAAAAGAAUAGAAUGUGCAAGAUGUAUGGGAACAGAAAAGAGUAUUUACAGCAGGUAACAUAGAUAUUGGUUUGCAUUUCUGUGCCGUUCAUAUUGCAAUAUGUUGUCAUUUUUGUAACAUUUUAAAAUAUGUUUGUAUCCCCUGCUGACGUAGCUGGAGAGAAACUUUUCUAAGUAUUGGACAUGUAUAUUGUAUGUUGUCAUUAAAAUGUAAAUGCUA